AUGAGCUCUGUCAAUGCGGUUGUGGAGGCGCUGCAGGCGGUGCAGCAGGAGAGUACGCCGAACGAGGUCCGGAUGAACGCCCAGCAAGUGCUGGAGGAGUUCAAGUCGUCGCCGGCGUCGCUCGAGGUUGUGACCGAGCUCAUCGGAGUGGAGCACGACUCGAUGGUGCGGCACUUUGGCCUCACCAUCAUCGAGAACGCGCUCAAGUUUCACUGGAAGGGCUUUGACGUCGACCAGCAGGCGUCGCUCAAGCAGCUUGUGUUGCAAAUCAUUGCGUCGGGUACCAAGUCGCUCGGCGAGGAAGAGUACUACAUCAAGUCCAAGCUCAUCGACUGCCUCCUUCUUUGCAUGCUCCACGACUGGCCGCAAAAGUGGCCGAGCCUGCUGAGCGACUUGGUGGAGAUUGGCUCGCAGUCGGACACGCAGGCCGAGUUGGUGCUCAAGGGCCUGUUUGACUUUUCCGAGUACCUUAUCCGGCUCAACAAGAUGGGCAUUGUGCGGUCGCGGUCGCAGGUGACGACCAUGCGGCGCAAGCAGCUCUGCACCUCGUUCCGGUCGGCCAUGCCGGACCUCUUUCCGUUCCUGCACUCGGUGCUGGCCGGUCAGGCUCAGCUGUACAUCGAGGCGCGCAACGUGCUGGAGUCCGACCCGUCGAAUGCCGAGGCGCAUGCUGCGGCGUCGUCCAAGGUCAUGAUUGUGCAGAUUGCCAUCAAGUGCAUUGCGCAGUUUUUGCUGUGGAUCCAGUGCGACAUGCUGCAGGAGAGCCCGGUACUCCCGCUGGUGGUCCCGUUUCUGGGCGACCCCAACUUUGCGCCGGACGUGGUGCUGGUCAUGAAGAAGCUGCUCUUCCGCAAGCACCUCCGGGCCAACGAGCCGUACGUCAUGGAGCUGUUUGACUACAUUCCGCAGAUCUUCGGUCUCCUCUCGGAGCCGCUCUUUGAGUCGCUUGCCGACGUCCACAAGCUCAACUCUGCUGCCAUCGGCGUUCUCGCCGAAGUUGGCAUGCUGCAGCUGCGGCUGUGGCGGCGGGCGCGGUCGGACCGCAAGAUCGACCCGGAUGCGCCCGAGCCGAGCCUGCAUCCGCACUUUGGCUCGUUCGUCGAGUCGCUGAUGGCGCUCUCGGACGCGCACCCGAGUUGCGACGUCCAGACCACGCUCAUCAAGUUCUGGCGGCGGUUCCUCGACUCGGGCCUUGUCGACAAGUCCGAGAGCGUCGGCGAGUCGGACGUACUGCAGGCCAUUCUCUCGCUCGCGCUCAAGUUUCUCGCGCAGCCGGACCCUUUUGACGCCGAGGAGGGCUCGAUGGCGCUCGAGCUGGCCAAGCUCGACUACAACAACGCCGAGGAGGGCGCGGCAGCCAAGAAGGGCCUCGAGCGGCGGGCUGCAGGCCUCAUUGCCACGCUCACUCGCCGCGACGGGCAUGGCAUGGUGGCGUACAUGACGCAGUACCUUGCGCACCUCUUCUCGUCGCUGCCGAACGAUGCUGGCAUUGGCGAGGACGACGAGCCUGCGCGCGAGCUCCGGGCCCUCUGUCUCAUGUCGUCAACGAUCAUUCGAUCGUUGCCGCGCAAGUGCCUGGUGGCGCCGGAUCCCGAGUCUGAUGCGCACUACCUCCUCGCCCGCGAGUCGGACUCGGACUCGGAUGAUGGGCUGUUCUCACGGACGGCGCUGGUGAUGACGCCGCAGGGACUAGCGCGGGCGCGCGGCAGUUCGUCCGGUCCGCAGGGCGCCGAGGCUGAGGCCGCAGCGCGGGCGGCGGCGGCGCGGCUCGAGGCCGAGCGGGCGGCCAACUGCGAGGCGAUUGCCGGCGCGCUCCAGGGCGUGCUCGAGUUCUCCCAUCCGUCCAAGGCGGUCAUCGCCAACCAGCUCCGGCUCCUCACCUCAUUCACGCCGUUCCUCAAGCACUACCCGGACCAGCUGCAGGAGACGUUCUCGCUCGCGUUCAGCUACCUGACGUACAAGGACCCUUCAGAGACGGAGGCGCCAGUCUCGGCGCUCACCGAGGCGUCGGUGGAGAUCCGCGGCAAGGCGGCCAAGGCGCUGCACUCGAUCAUCAUCUUUGUGGGCGAGAAGCUUGCCGGCCAGCUCGAGGGCCUGUGGACCCAGGUCCAGGAGCUCGACGAGGCCGACCAGUUACGGCACGAGGAGAAGGCAUGCGUGUACGAGCUGGUCAUCAUUUCGGCGUCCAAGUCGCGCGACGAGGAGCUGCAGCGGGCGGUUGUCUCGACCAUUCUCGAGCCGCUCCUUGCCCAGUGGAACUCGGACGCGUUUGCCGGUGCGCUCAGCUCGCCGGAGGCCCUGCUGUCGUCGCUAGGCAUUCUGGGCAACGACCCGUCGGCGCGCGGCCAGCUGUUUGCCGAAGAGCAUCUUGCCUUUCGGCGCGACGUGUACUUUGUCGUCACGGUGGUGUAUGUGGUGGCAAAGUGGUCUGCAUCGUGGCGGUCGCGUGCGCUGCUCCCGCACCUCAACACGCUCCUCCCCUCGCUCCUCUCGCUGAUCACGACGCUGCACGGCGUGUGGCAGCCGGAGGUCCUGGCCAACGUACCGGAGUUCUUCGAGUCUGUCUUUGCGCUGCCUGACGAGACACCAACGGCGACGCUGGCGCGGGCGUCGUCGCUGCCGUCGCACGAGCUCGACGCCGGCUCGCAGCUGCGGCUCUUUACGUACUGGAUGGACUCGGUCUUUUCGCGAGCGUACUCUGCGCUCGGCUCGAUUGCCAAGAUCCGCGACCUGUACGAGCAGGGCGACCUGGCCGCGAUGCUCUCGGCCUCGGUCUUUUCAAACCUGCCUGUUCUCCCGAACCGGUACCUGGUCGGUAUCACCAUGUCGGUCAUCUGUGCCCUCUUUCGGAUGUGUCCGUUUGCCAUGCGCGAAGCCGUGGUUGUGCCGAUCCUCGUUCCGUGGAUUGAGUUUAUGCAGGAGAAGCUUCCGGCCGAGUGGGGCGCGUUCUACGAGCGCGAGAGCUCGGGCUCGACGCUGACGCCCGCCGAGGAGGUGCUUGUCGACAAGGACCUCGGCAUGCUUACCACGUGCCACGCUCGGUUCCUGCAGACGAUCUCGUUCCGGCUGCCGCGGUACCCGCGCGACAGCGACAGCAGCGAGGCGCCAGCAGGCUCGACACCGCGGCCGCAGCUGUCGGGCAUGUCGCAGAUGCCGAGCCGUGCGCCGCCGCAUGUGCUCGAGUCUGAGCCGCUGCGGCUGACGUACCUGCAGUCUGCAAUCAUGCUUGUGCGGACGCCGACGCUCUCGGCGGUGGCCAUUGCGGUCAACGUGUGCUCGCGGCUAAUGCUCCACGUCUCAAACGUCUCCGAGUACCAGUACCUGCUCUCGUCGGAGCUGCUCCCCGCGCUCAUCGAGGCGCUGGCUCACAUCGAGGAGGAAUCGGUCAUCCGCAACAUCCUUGCGCUCAUCAUGGAGAUCUACUGCCGGUUCACCGAGGUCGUGCCGGACGUGACCCGCGGCGUGCUCUCGGCGGUGCCGGAUGUGACCAACGAGACGCUGGCCGAGUUUGAAGGUGCGCUUCAGGCGGCGUCGAGCUCGCGGGCCCGGCGCGAGCUCUUCCGCCAGCUCCUGGCCGGCGUCAUUGGCUCCAACGUGGUCCACAAGAUGUACGAGCGCGGCUCGAACGAGGACACCACCAUCGAGCACAUUGCUGCUCCGAGCCGCUCCGAAGCCGGCAACGACGACGAGACCAUGGGUGCGACGGCCGGCGGUCUCUAG